GAAUAACCUUCAACAACUCGACAAGUAACCUAAACUAAACUAAAUAGGUAAAGGGUAAGAUUUGACUCUUGUUGACUUCUUAAAAGGUAUAAUAGAUCUGUACCUCGUUUCCUUUUUAGAGGUUGGUUUAUUAUUAGUUUGAUUUGUCUACGUGUGUACGAGUUUAUCACCUCGCAGGGUUUCCCUUUUAUACCAUAUGCGAAUACCUUCCGCGCCUGUUCCCCCUUUUCCUGUGAAUUCCGCAGCUGAACCAUCCGACGGGCGGUUUAAUAGCUCAGCUGUACACGUUUCAACAUCAGCAUUGGUUACGUGCUCCAUUUGCUCUUCAUCGGAGCACCUUAGUGCAAACUGUCCCUUAUCGAAACAACACGUCUAUGGUGAUAAUGGAACUUACAAAAGUGAAGGUCCACGAGAGGUAGCAAACGAGCACGCAGAGCAUGAAGAACCGACCUUUGGGGAUGACGGCCAGCGCAUAGGGUCAUGUCAAUCAUGCGACUCGACGCAGGACAUGCAGGCAAACCGCCUGGAGCGGUAUCAGCCGAUUGUGUGUUAUCAAUGUCAUCGGUGGGGUCAUAUGAUGCUCACCUGCCCCCUUACACGGUGCUUUAACUGUGGUGCUUACGGCCACAGCUCACAGAUAUGUCACAGCAAGUCACACUGCUUCCACUGCUCUGACGCCGGGCACCGUGCAGCCAACUGCCCGGUUAAGUAUAAAGGUCGCAUUUGCUACCAAUGCAAGGAGCCCGGACACCAGGCCGCCGACUGUCCCCAGGGCCAUCUAUGUAAGAUGUGUCAUAUGCCCGGCCACAUCUUCGCUCAUUGCCCAGAGGCUAUCUGCAAAUACUGUCGUGAGAAGGGACAUACUGUGGGGGCGUGCACUAAACUGCACUGCCCACAGUGUGGAAGUACACACCCCGAUGGUAAGUGUCAGAAUACUCAAGGCCUUGCGGAUCCUUCGUGGAGUUAUGAAGAUGUAGAGCCUAAGCAUACGUCAACCAUGACCCCACACCCCGUAAAUGAGGAUGCCAUUUCAAACAAUCGAAAUAGCAACUACAUCCCACACGAGGAAAUUUUGGAUUCUGCGGUAUCCAUGUAUAAGCCAUUGUACGCUAUGCAAAGCGAUAGGAAGGUUUUGGUGAUCAUUGAUGGGCCUUACUUCGAGCGUUGUUUGAGGUGCUAUCAUAAUGAACCGCGGGUAUCAGACUAUUACAUGCGCAUUGCCGAGGUCCUACGCUGCACAUUGGAGUACAUAGGUGUUAUUUUUGACAUGAAUCCUAUUGCAUACUGGUUCGACAUUGAUCCCGUCGCGUUCGCAAAUUCUACCGAAGUUGAUCUUCCUGCGGUAAACAGAGGGACGGCAUUUACGGAGUUCGACAUUCGAAGACGUUUUCUAAUAUCAGAGAUGAACAGGGAUCGGUUGCUACCGAACGUUGUGCCGCGUCUGGUGGGUAAUAUAAAAAAGCAGAGAGUCUUUACCCCAGAUGGGCCCAGCUUUGUAUGGGGAGAAGCCGGGGUAAGUGUUGCCAUUGCAAUGUGCCUCAUUGAGGCAUCCCAAGAUCAACGAAUGUGUCAACAAGUAGUAUUAUUAUGUGAAGAGUCUGAUGUGCAUCCUGCAGUAAACUACUGCAAUAUACAACAACGUAUGUCGAAGGAACAUCAGAACUGUUCCCCGAUACGAAUGUGUGGUAUCUCGGCGUCCGCCCCAAAAAUCUACGGACAGCAACAGGGUCCAUCAGACUUUUUACCACAAAUCUUCCUUGACAAAUCCCAGCACAAUGAGAAUGGGACCAUCUAUGAAUUUCCUGCCUACAAAGCUUUCUGUAGGAUGUAA